AUGACAAAAAAUGUUUCUAAUUCUAUUCAUCAAUUAAAGAAAGUAGCAACUUUAUGUAAAUGGUCAGCAAGUCCGGUUGCAAUCAGAGCUGCCAAAAGUCGAACAACAAUCGAAUUAACAAAAAAAGAGGGUAGUCCACUUGGUCUAACGAUAUCCGGUGGUGUUGAUAAAGAGGGUAAACCACGUGUAGCUCAACUCAAACAUGGCAGUGUUGCUCAAAAGUGUGAUGUUCUGGAAAUUGGUGAUGUAAUUUUAAGUGUAAAUGGUAUUAAAACAGCCGGUUUAAAACAUGAUCAAGUUAUUGAAUUAAUUAAACAAGUUGGCGAUCAAUUAACGUUAGAAAUUGAAUAUGAUCUACCAUUAUGGCCCAUUCAUUCUGUCAAUACUGUUCAUACAAAAACAAUUCAAAUUCAGCUUGAAAAAGAGGGACACAGUUAUGGUUUUACUUUAAGAGGUGGCCUCUGUGAUGAUAAAUGCAAAACAAGGCCGCUGAUUGUGACAAAAAUACGACCAAGUGGACCAGCAGACAGAAAAGUUUUUAAUUAUGAGUUUGCUGAUCGCAUGGCAUAUCAAGCAUUAAUUUCGAGCUAUAAUAAUAUCUGUUAUAGAGAAGGAACAAUUAAAAUUGGUGAUCGUGUACUUGCCAUCAAUGGAAUUAGUGUUGCAUCAGCAACAUUACAAGAUGCUCAUAAUUUAAUGAAACAAUGUAGAGGAACAACAUUAUUUUUAAUUGAAUAUGAUGUCGCUGUUGUAGAUAGUGUUAAACAUGCCACUGGUCCACUAUUGAUCGAAAUAGAAAAAUCACCCGGUUCAACAAUUGGAAUUAGUUUAGCACAAAAAUGGGUUCGUGGUCGAUCGAUUAUUGUUGUCGAUACUGUUAAACCAGCUAGUAUUGCAGAUCGGUGUGGUGCAUUGAGAUGUGGUGAUCAUAUAAAUGCUAUUGAUCAAAAAUCAUUUGAUAACGUAACAAUAAAUGAUGCUAACAAUGUUCUACGAUCAUGCACCGGAGAAUUUUGCCGGAUUGAACUAACACCGUCCAGUUUCACACGAUCACCAGAUCCACUACAUAGAGUAUCAAUAAAUGACAAUACCACAUUUCAACGUGCACCAUCUUCAAAUUCCAUGGGUAACUGGACAAUGCGAAAUAGUUUUCAAAAUAUUGCGAGAAAAUCAACAAAAGCGAGACAUAAUUCAAUAAGCUCGUUGAAUUCUUGUUAUCAAUCUAUUAUUGGCAAUCAAGUGUGUCAUGCAGAAACAAUGGAUGUUUUAUUGAGAAUUGAUGAAAAUGGUGGUAGUAAUUUUGGUUUUACGCUGCAAGGAGCAUCGUUUACUUCGGACACAUUAAUGCAGCCACCUGUGAUCGGAUAUUUAGAACCGAACGGAGUUGCUGAAAAAUCCGGUGUACUGCAACCGGGUGAUCGUGUUCUCGUUGUGAAUGGUCAACAACUGGAAGGUUUAACAUUAGAAGAUGCUAGACGAGUUAUCAAAGAGACAAAUCAACAAAUUCAUUUAGAAAUUGAAUUCGACGUUGCUGAUUCAGUCAUGCUAUCGUCAGGAACUUGUCAAGUAAAAAUUUUACGAAAAACUCUCGAUCUUGGUCUAUCUGUAACUUAUCCUCGAUCUAAUCGUCCAGAUGAACCACCAUUAAUUAGUGAUGUCAAAAAAGGCAGUAUAGCAUAUAGAUGCGGAAUGAUACAACCUGGUGAUCGUUUAUUAUCAAUUGAUCAUCAUACAUUACGUGGUAAAAGUUUAACAGAAAUCAUCCAUUUAUUAAAAAACUGUGAUGAAAUCGUGAGGCUGAAGAUAAAAAAAGAUGAUGUAUAUUCAGAAGAUAAUCUCAAUGAAAAUGUUGUUGUCUAUAAAGUACAAUUGUUAAGACAAGGUGGGCCACUCGGUUUAACUAUUUCAGGAAGUGAAGAUGUGUUUGAGCCAAUUAUAGUAUCAGGAUUAUGUGAAGGUGGUCUCGCUGACAAGACAAAUGCUAUUCAUAUUGGUGACCGUAUAUUGGCAAUUAAUGAUGUAACACUAAGAGGAAAAGGUCUCAAUGAAGCUAUUAAACUAUUGCAAGCAAGUGGCGAUGAAAUAACAUUAAAAAUAUCGCGAUCACUCGAUUCACAAAUACAGAAAUUACGUAAUUUUAAUAAUGAAGAUUAUACACCAUCUGUUGACAGUGCAAUGGAAUCGUGGGAUGGUUCAAAUACCGAACAUCGUCUAAGCGAUAAUAGUGAUCAUAAAGAAAAUGACAGCAGUAACAAUCAGAAUCAUAUAAAUGGCAAUGAUAGUAUAUUACCUCGAAGUGACUUUGUCUUGAAACAUGGUCAUCAUUUAACUCUAGCCCGUCCAUCGGGAUAUCGCACACCACCUACGAAUGGUCGUCCAUUGGAAACUAUUCGUCAUUCGGAUAGUGGCGAUAGUAUUCAUGUAGCUGAACGAGAAUUAUCUCGGGUACUCAAUGAUUUAGACGUAUGUACCGUUAUAUCAAGACAAGCGAAAUCUACAGAUCAUAAUCAACGAACUUAUAGUCAUCGUUCUACAAACGGUAAUAAUAAUCAUCAUUAUUACAAUAAUAACGAUAGAAAAUAUGAUAAUUGCGACGAGAAUGAUCAUAAUCUAGCCUAUUAUAAUCAAUUUAACAAUAGUAAUAGAAAUCGACCUAUGAUAACAAAUGGUGGUCAAAAUACAAACGGUGACAAUACAGAUUUUGCUGUUAAUACACUUUUACACUCGACAACACCAAAUAAUUUGCCAAACGAAGUUACAAAUCGAAAUAUAAACAAUAAUAAUAGUACUCAUAAUAACCCAAAUAGUUAUGUUUAUCAACAUAUUCGAUGCGAUUUAUUAACAGUUAUUCUCAAACGUGAUAAACGUAUUUUAGAUUUUGGAUUUUCUAUAUCGGAUAGACUCUAUGGAACGGGAGUGUAUAUAAAUAAAAUUCGGGCAAAUGGACCAGCUGAAUUUGAAGGAACAUUAAGACCGUGUAUGAGAAUAUACAAGGUAAAUUCAGUCGAUGUAACUCGUAUGGAAUGUAAUCAAGUUGUACCAUUACUAUCAAAUUCUCACGAUGAAUUACAACUAAUUGUUAGUCGUACACCAGCACCUAUGUUCGAUGAAACAGAUGAAUACGAUCUAUUAUCAUCUGAUUUAGAAGAAGAAACACCCACCAAGACAGUAGCCACCAUUUUACAAAAUGAACAUGAGAAUGAAAAUAGAAACAAUAACAAUAAUAAUGAUGCACCAUCACCAGAUUCAACGUGGAAAAAUAAUUUUACCCUAUUAUCACAAGCAAAAACUAGUACAGUGUAA